GUUAGUGAGUGCAUACAUUUUUCAUACUGGCUCCCCGUGUGAAUCGAACCCACAACCCUGGCGUUGCAAGCCUGGCGAUGCAAUAUAUAUAUUAGUAACUGAAGUGCUACAGAGAGAGAAAGUUCGAGAAGGGGUUCAGAAACACAGGAGGGCUAAUGUAACGAAUAAUCGAAGACGUUGUACACAAGACUAGGGGAAAGGUUUUCCUCACUCCGGUUUCGCAUGACGUCAUGUGUCAGCAGAAAGGAGCGGGCGGCGGACCGGAGAGCGAGGAGAGGCCGCGCAGGCGCAGAUCGGCAUAAAAAAAAAUAACAGCAACGCUCGCGGAGGGAGAGCGCGAGCAGGUUGAACGGAUUAAGGCGUCGCGUUUCAGUUUGAACAUCAUCAGCACCACAACACCACAGCCCCCGGACCGACCGCUGGGAAAGAAGAGCAUCUCAUCAUCCGACUCGUUUAGAAAAUUCAACCCUAAAAACAUGUCUGUGGGUAGUGACUUUGGCAACCCCUUAAGAAAAUUCAAACUGGUAUUUCUGGGAGAGCAAAGCGUUGGGAAGACGUCUCUGAUCACGCGGUUCAUGUAUGACAGCUUUGACAACACAUAUCAGGCCACAAUCGGAAUAGACUUCCUGUCAAAAACCAUGUACCUGGAAGACCGAACGGUGAGGUUGCAGCUGUGGGACACGGCAGGACAGGAGCGCUUCAGGAGUCUCAUACCCUCCUACAUACGAGACUCUACUGUGGCCGUGGUGGUGUAUGAUAUUACAAAUGUGAACUCCUUCCAGCAAACAUCCAAAUGGAUCGAUGACGUCAGAACAGAAAGAGGGAGUGAUGUCAUAAUUAUGCUAGUUGGCAACAAAACAGACUUGGGAGACAAGAGGCAGAUCACCAUAGAGGAAGGAGAACAGCGGGCCAAGGAGCUCAGCGUCAUGUUUAUUGAGACCAGCGCCAAGACAGGCUACAACGUCAAACAGCUGUUUCGGCGUGUGGCGGCUGCCCUUCCCGGGAUGGAGAGCACGCAGGAGGCGAGCAAAGAGGGAAUGAUUGACAUCAAGCUGGACAAACCGCAGGAGCCUCCAACCACUGAAGGCGGGUGUUCCUGUUGAUCCUGAUUGGGAGUUUCCAUCUACACCAUGUGCUUGUUGUGUUGCUUCCUAUUGUUGAGUUUUCAGAUUAGAAUCUGGCCUCUUCAUCUAAAUAUUGGUAAUCAGUUGGAAACUAGCGUUAUAUACAUAAAAUACUGUACUUUAUUAACGAAAAUUGCCAAAAAGACUUACAAAUUCACAAAGUGAUCAAAAUCAUGAACAAAAAAAGUCCCUUAACCACCCAAACAUGUGUACUAUACUUGUUUUUUUGUAAAAGUAGAAUGGAAGUUUUUUUUUUUGUGUGUGUGUGUGUGUAUUUUUUUUGUAUUUGAAAGAAAUGCUCUGAAAAGACACAGACAACAAAGUUCUCCUCUUGGAUGAGGACCAAAUGGCACCCUGUUCCCUGUAUUGUUCACAAAUGGGUCCUGGUCAACAGUAAUGCACUAUAAAGGGAACGGGGUACUAUUUGUGAUGGAGAAGGAACCAGCUGAGUUGGAACACGCAGCCUAUUGGCUAAAGAGGUCAAACUGACCAGUAACUUUUGACUGAAUAUCUAAUGCACGCAUGCCAAUUUUAUAAAUGUUUUUGGUAGGUUUACUACUGUACUUUCUGCUGAUGUACACAGUUUGAAAUUGUAAAUAAUCUUAACUUACACGUGUUCACUCUUUGAAAAUUGUAUUGCCAUUUAUUUUUUGUCUUCACAAAAUGCUGUGAGUGAAACUGGAUUUCAAUAGCGUGCGCGCUUGUGUGUGUGUGUAAAUGUACGCUUUCUAUAUAAAGCAACUGUAGAAUGCAACCAUCCUUGGAGGGCACCUGCCAAGCCGUGUCCUCGGAGAGGCGCAUAUUCUAGCUGGUUAUCACUACCGUAGAGGGUUUGGGUUUGCUGUUGCUGCUGCACUGUGUGUGUCAAACUAUCUACUACGGUAUUGUGAUUAGGUGUGUGUCCCAAAGAGCACCCUACUCCCUAUAUAGUGCACUACUUUUGACCAGGCCUGGUCAAAAGUAGAGCACUAUAUGGGGAACAGGGUUCCGUUUGGGACACAGGCAUUGUAACUGAGCAGAGUGGACAGAAGACAGGUCCUGCCGAAUCUAAGCUCUCACCUAAACGCCUCCUAAACAGGAACUCAUCCUCUUAUGCAUUAUUAUAAAGUUCCUCUCCUCAGAGUGCUGAUCCAUUGUUUCUGUUCUGUAAACAGCAGAUCAUCGUUCACCUCACGAAAGAGUUCAGACAGUACCCUCGUCCUAGCCUGAGUGCCGUUCUGUUUGUGCUAUCAUGCCAACUCCCUGUCACUCAUUGUCACGUCAAUUGACAGCAAUGGAGUUGACAAGAGCACAGACCGAUCUGUGGGGACCAGGCUACCCUGGUAUCUGGUAACAGUUACACAAUCCUGUCAAAUAAAUCAAGAAGAAAUGACUAAUUUGCACAUGUAUACCUUUCAGGUUAUUAUGAAGUUGUUCCUAUGGGCCUCGAUUCCGACCGAGUUAAGCGUAACUCCCUUUUUACGCAGUUUUCUCUCUAUGCGUAUUCUGACCUUGAACUUAAAGCUGCAAUAUGUAACUAGUUGGGUGACCGGACAAAAU